AUGAUCGGACUGAUAGUCCUCUGUGCCUUUCUCUAUGGCUCUUACAAGACGAAUCCGGACGCGGCUUCGUUUCGAGCGUUUAUCCGUCCACCCAAUUCAAACUCUACAACAGAUAGCCUUACCAACUUUUUUGCUAGUCUUGUGAACGCACACACGAUGCCCGAAUUCAAACGGGACGACUAUAUAUUCUUCUCGAUUGUAUCCCUAGCAGAUAAUACAGAAACGUACCUAGGUCUAUGGGGACAAUGGUUUCUGUUGAGCAAGUUGCAGCUGAUCGGGGGAGGAAAAGGAGCGAGCGCUGAAGAGAAUGAGCUGCAGCUCUUUGAAAGUGUUGGAGAAGCCGAAAAGGCUCUAGCCGUCAAGGCAAAGCUUAAGAGGGAUCUGGGUGUUGUCUGCGGGUUUCUCUCUGCCUAUGAUUCGAAGCGAAUAUCAGCUGAUACCAUAUGCUCGUUUGAUAUAGACGCAUCCGCUGCAUCUCAUUACAACGAGGCAGCGGAACAAUUUUUACAGGCCGGUGUUGCUCUUGAUGCUGCGCAGUGUUACGAGGAUGCUUACAAGGCAUAUCAACAGGCGAAACAGACAGAAAAGGCUGUAAAAACUCUGGAGAAGGCAGCAUCCUUGUAUGAAUCUCACGAUACACAAAUGUCAAGAGCGGCUAACGUGUAUGUAAAGCUCGCUGAACAGUAUAAAAAGGAUAAUAGUACGUCUAAAGAUUUGGACAAGGCAGUCGCUAUGUAUAAAAAGGCCGCCGAUUUGUACGGGAUCGAAGGAGAUGGUCGUCACUUUUUUACUGUAAUUUCCCAAGCCGACUUGCUGGCCGAGAUAGGACAGUACGAGGAUGCAAUUAAAUUAUACGAUAACAUUAUAUUGUUUGCAAUAGGCGAUUCCAUGCUGAAUUUCAAUGUCAAGACACAUAUCUUCAAUCAAUUGUUAUGCUAUGCUGGACUUGAUGAUUGGGUUGGCCUAGAAAAGAAGGCGGUGGAAAUGGAAGCAACAUAUCCCACGUUUGCAGAAAGUAGAGAAUGUCAGUUGAUAAAGACUCUGAUACAAGCAAAGAAUGCUUUCGAUUCAUCUGCAUAUUCGACUGCUUGUAAGGACUAUGAUCAAAGAUCAACUUUGCCUUCAUGGCAGAUUAAUAUUCUCCUUAAAGGAAAGAGAUCUCUGGAAAGUGAAGAUUUGCGAUAA